CCCCAACGCAUCUUCUCACAUGGUCGAGUUGUACCCAGAAAUUAAACCCGAAAACAAAAAAAAAUCUCUGUCCCUGUCCUUCUCUCUCUCUUCUGUGUCUGUAUCUCUUUCUUCUUUCUUUCUUUCUUUUGUAUUGCUUCCUGUGCUGUACCUUCUCUGUCACGGUGCUCUAUUUUAUUUGUUCUUGGUUCCUAGGCAAAUGUUCUAGAAGGGCAGCUUCGUUUUUCAACUUUUGGAGUUGGAUUUUGGCAUGCCGUGAUCAAACUCAUCCAUUUUCCCCUCCUCUCUUAUAGGGCACUACUACCCUUUUGUCUUUUCAUGGAGUCGUCGUGUUUGUUUUGUUUCACUGUCACACUUGCCCUUCUGUAGAGAGAGGAAGAGAGAGAGAGAGAAAAAGCACGCCGGGACGGUUAAAAAAAAAAAAAGGAAACAAGAAAAAGAAAGAGGUAGACUAGAGAGGGAAUGAGAAGAGGCCUGCCCUUUUAAGCUUUUUCGGUUUCCUUCUUCUUAGCUGAAGUUGGAUCUUUUUUUUUUUUUUAUUGGUUUAACUUUCUCUCUCUCUCUUCCCGUCUUUUGAGAAUGUUGAUGAGCUGUAGACCUCCAUCCUCUAGAUUGCUGGUGUCCUGGAGGAUCAUGAUGUGGGGCUGAGUUCUGGCCUUAUGAAGUUAACUCCGCCGAUGCUUAGAACACAUUCUUCCUUUUGGUUGGUCUUUCUGAAGUGGAUUUAGUAAAGGGGUUGUCGCAUUCCUUGCAUUGUGAGAGUGUUCUUCUGCGCUGGUCUUGUGAUCGAGUUUCUGGAUAUGGAGCGAGUGUUCCACACAUAGAAUUGGUAGGCGUUUUGAUGGAGCUGUUGGGGCCGUUUUGGGGAGGAAGAGACUGGUGAUUGUUUGGUAGGUCCCCUUGUGGUGGUAGCUGAUGAAUGGUGAUUUGGAGGGAAGGUUUUAUUAAACUAUGGUGCAUUUGGUAGGGUUGGUUUUUGGUUGGUUUCUGUUGAUUUAUUUGUGGGGUUGAUGUUUGCAAUUUUAGGGAUCAAGGCUUGAGAGUUAUCCUCCUUAAAAAAAGAAUCUUCCCUGUUUUCCUCUCUCUUUUUUUUUUUUUUUUUUUCUUGUACAUUGUUUUACUUGCUUCUCCCUCGUCGUCUCCCCUUUGGGAAAAAAAUGGCAUGCAUGAAGCUCGGAUCGAAGGCAGACGCGUUUCAACGACAAGGCCAGGCUUGGUUCUGUACAACUGGCCUCCCUAGUGAUGUUGUUGUUGAGGUUGGUGAGAUGUCCUUUCAUCUUCACAAGUUUCCAUUACUGUCUAGAAGUGGGGUUAUGGAAAAUAUGAUUGGAGAAAUGACUGAGAAGGGGGAAGAGAAGUGUGUUAUCCAGCUUCAUUCUGUUCCUGGUGGUUCAAAGGCAUUUGAGCUUGUGGCCAAAUUCUGUUAUGGUGUUAAAUUAGAGCUAACUGCAAUGAAUAUUGUCUAUCUACGAUGUGCUGCUGAGUACCUACAGAUGACAGAAGAAUAUGGGGAGGGGAACCUUAUUGCGCAGGCAGAAAUUUUCCUUAACCAAGUCGUUCUUCGUAGCUGGAAGGAUUCAAUCAGAGCACUUGAGACUUGCGAAGAUGUUCUGUCAGAGGCAGAACAGUUGAACAUUGUGAAAAGAUGUAUUGAGUCUUUAGCUGUAAAAGCAUGCACGGAUCCCAAUUUGUUUAGUUGGCCAAUGAUGGAGCAUGGCCCCAUGCAAAGUCCAGGUGGAAGUGUUCUAUGGAAUGGGAUAAGUACAGGAGCUAGACCACGAAGUGCAAGCUCAGAUUGGUGGUAUGAGGAUGUCUCGAAUUUGAGCUUGCCUUUGUAUAAAAGGCUGAUAUCUGUAAUGGAGUCUAGAGGCAUCAAGGCAGAGAACCUGGCAGGUGCUGUUAUGCACUAUGCAAAACGAUACUUUCCAGGACUGAAUAGGCGCCAGACAAUUAGCGAAUCAAGCACGCGUGUUGCACCAUUGUCUUUCACCAAUGCACCAUCUGAGGACGAGCAAAGGCUUCUACUUGAAGAAGUUGAUAACAUGUUACCAAUGCAGAAGGGUAUGGCCUCCACAAAGUUCCUCUUUGGGCUUUUACGAACAGCAAUGAUUCUGCAAGCAAGCCCAACCUGUAAGGCAAACUUGGAGAAAAGAAUUGGAAUGCAGUUGGACCAAGCGACUUUGGAGGACCUAUUAAUGCCUAACUUUUCACAUGAUGUGGAAACCCUUUAUGAUGUUGACUCUGUCAAACGAAUCCUUGAGCACUUCUUGGUGUUGGAUCAGGCUACGGGUGGUGCCUCGCCAUGCUCAGCUGAUGAUGGACAAAUCAUGGGCUCACCUUCUUUGACUCCCAUAACCAUGGUAGCCAAGCUUAUGGAUGGCUACCUUGCUGAAGUCGCACCAGAUGUAAAUCUGAAGCUUCCUAAAUUUCAUGCACUGGCAGCGGCUAUACCUGACUAUGCUCGACCUUUGGACGAUGGUCUUUAUCGUGCCAUUGACAUAUAUUUGAAGGCUCAUCCAUGGCUCACUGAGUCGGAGAGAGAACAGCUAUGCCGUUUGAUGGACUGCCAAAAACUCUCACUAGAAGCCUGUACACAUGCAGCACAGAACGAGAGGCUCCCACUCCGAGUAGUGGUCCAAGUCCUCUUCUUUGAACAACUGCAGCUGAGGACUUCAAUUGCUGGAUGUUUCUUAGUAUCUGACAAUCUUGAUGGCUCAAGGCCGUUGAGAAGUGGUCUGGUAGCUUCAAAUGAGGGUGGAUGGGUCAGUGCUGUGAGAGAAAACCAAGUGCUGAAAGUUGGUAUGGACAACAUGAGAAUUCGUGUAUCUGAGCUUGAGAAGGAGUGUUCAAACAUGCGCCAAGAAAUCGAGAAAUUGGGCAAGGGAAGAAAUGGCACAUGGAGCACCAUGUCGAAGAAGUUUGGUUUCAGGAUGAAGUCGCAGAUGUGUAGUGCUCAAGAAGGCUCUGUCAGCAGCCAGAGUCGUGGGGAAAGCAAGCUGGACAAGUUGAAGUUUCAGGGAAAGCAUGCGAAACAAAAGAAAGAAGUCUGAUGAGUCGUUUCAUGCUGCCCUUCUGUUGUGCAAUUGCACUGGUCUGCUUACUCGUCCCAAUGGUAUUCGUGUUUAGUUUGUGGGGCUUGCAUCGACGGGCAGGAAGGAAUUUUCGAGAAAAAGCAGGCUCUCCUGUAACAUUAUGUGUCUUGUACCUUAUCUUUGCUUCAAUUUUUACUUUGAAUGGCAAUCUUCUUUUA